CAGUUUCCUCUUCGUUGAAGUUUGUUCUCUCUUUCCAAUUAGCAUGUCGAAGCGGGUCCACACGAGCGAGCUUGGAUGCAUCGCGAGCGAGGAGCUGAGCGAAUUCGGUGCUGGUAAGGAGGGUUGGCUCGUUGACAACCCUAACGUCCUAUGCGCACUCGAUACCCGUUCCCUCGCACUCGCUAACAAAUCUCUAAUUCUAGUCGCUGGCUGGGACGACGGUCCCUGGCUCAAGAUUCGGCCCGAAUUGUCCCCGAUUGAGGCUGAGCAUUUGACGGCGAUCGAAUGGUUGGUGUUUGAUGAGAUUAGAGUUGUUGCGGUUGGGACAUCUUGUGGGUAUUUCUUACUUUACUCUCUUACCGGCGAUUUGAUUCAUGGACAGCUGAUACAUCCUGGACAGAUUCUAAAGAUAAGAGUCCGUGGAACUAACAGGGAUUUGACUCAAGAAUCCUCCUCGGAGGAAGUUUGCAUUGUAUUUGCUGGUGUAAUUGCUCGUUUGGAUGGUUCUGACAUUAAGAGUCUGUUGCAGCAAUGGUUUCAAGAAAUCCAUUCUCAUUUUUGGGAUCACAAAACGAGAAGUAGGGAAUCAGAGGAUCGUGGAAAUUCAUAUGAUAGAUUACCUUAUCAAUUAUGGAAUGUCAGCAAAUAUGGGCCAUGUGUUGACGCUGCAAUAACUGGCAUUACGCCUCCUCCUUUGAUGGAAAUUCAGUCAAGUCAACGUUAUUACUGUGCAGUCACAAUUGGAGAGGAUGCUGUUAUCUCGGCAUACAGACUUUCGGAGGAUAGAAGCAGGUCUCUAGUGGGAGCCAUUCUAUCAAAGGUUGUGCCUGCUACUUUUUCGACAAUAGCAUCAUUUUCUAAAAUGAUUUGGAGGAGUGAACAACCACCAAGAAAAAAAUCGGAAGCAAAGUUGCAGCCAUUUGCUAAAGCUUCCCCUUUGACAUGCUUGAAAGAUAAUCCAAGAAAGGCCGAGAAGCUCACCUUAGCCCCCAGUGGUACUUUGGCUGCAAUAACCGAUUCGUUAGGUCGUAUAUUGCUCUUAGACACACGGGCACUUGUCGUUGUGCGGCUAUGGAAGGGAUAUCGAGAUGCCUGCUGUCUAUUCAUGGAGAUGCUAGUUGGUCGAGGUUCUGCUGCUUCAACUUCCAAUUAUUAUGAACCACUGAAGAGCGAUUAUUGCCUAUGCUUGGCUAUUCAUGCACCUAGAAAAGGGAUUAUAGAGGUCUGGCAGAUGAGAACUGGACCUCGUCUUUUAACGAUUCAGUGUGCCAAAGGUAGCAAAAUAUUGCAACCCACAUAUAGUUUUGGAUCAUCAAUGGCCUCUCCGUAUGUACCUUUGGAGGUUUUCUUGUUGAAUGGAGAUUCUGGUCAAUUAUCCAUCCUAAACCGAUUCCUGAAUUGAGAUUUGUAUAAAGAAACAUAUUCUUUAUGUACGCAUUUACAUUUUUUGUUCCAGAUCUCAUUAAGAAAAUAAUAUAGUUUCUUAUAGAUUAUAAUCCUUCA